AUGCCACCCCACUCAUCAGAGUCCCCGGCAAAGAGGCAGAGCAAGUGGUCCCCCGACGAGGACGCCGUUAUCAUCGAGCUACGGGGCGGCGGCAUGAAGUGGGAGGACAUCUCGAAGAGGCUGCCCGGACGCAGCGCCAUCAGCUGUCGGCUCCACUACCAGAACUACCUCGAGAGAAAGCUCGACUGGGACGAGGACCGCAAGAACAAGCUCGCCAGACUGUACGAGAGGUUCAAACCCGACAUGUGGGCAAAAAUCGCAGAGGAGAUGGCGAUACCGUGGCGGGCGGCCGAGCACAUGCACUGGCAGCUGGGCGAGCAAGACAUGGCGCGCCGCGCAGGCGUGACCCCCUUUUCCCUCUCAGCCCAGAGCUACGAGGGGCAACCGGGCGGCGGCGCGCGGGGGGGAUCGGCCCGCCAUCACGCGCACUCGUUCUCGCAAGGAAGCCUGCCACGAGGAGACCUGGGCCAUAGCCACCCACGCGGCAGCUAUGGCCGCAGCGGCACGCUGCCCCCUGGCCGCUCCCUCGCCUCGCGAAGAGAAAGCCUCCCGCCUCCUCACCACCACCACCACCUGCCGCCGCACCCCGAGCAUCAGCAAUUCCAACAAUACCAGACGCACCCACACCCGCACGCGCCGGACGUCUUCGCGUACCCGCACCACGGCGGGCCCCUCGCGCCGAUCCAGACGCAGAUGCAGCCGCAGGGCCCCCCGCCGCCGCCGCCGCCGCAACAACUGCCGCCGCAGCAGGCGUCGCGCCAGGGUGGUGGCGGCGGCAUGGUGCUGCCCGGCGUGGCGGAGCUCUCGACGGGCGUGAGCCCCUACAGCACCCCGGCGUACUCGGCCGGCGUCCCGAGCGCUAGUCCCGCUCACAGCGCCCGGACCGCGAGCCCGGGGCCGUACGGGCCGUCGCUGGGGUACCCGCCCCUGGCCGAGCCGGGUGGUAGUGGUAUUGGAAGCUCCUCGAAGCGGCGGCGGAGCCCGGAGUACAUGAGCAUGGGCAUGGUGCGCGAGGAGAGCGGCGGCGGUGGUGGGAGUGGAAGCAGCAGCAGUCGGCGGCGACAUCUCGAUCCCCGUGCGGACCCGUACGAUGCGGCGCAGCCGCGGCGGAUGUAG